AUGGAGUCGAUUUUUCAGGCAAUACGCCGUUUUUCGUACUGGAAAGCUGUGAAAUGCGAAUUCUUACUGACGAUGUUUUAUGUGUUAAUUGGAUGUGCGUCUACCAUUCCGACUGAUAUACACAAUAAACAAUCCGUCAACGAGUUAAAAGUGGCGUUUGCGUUUGGGAUUACCUGUCUCACAUUAAUGCAAUGUUUUCUUCCAAUUUGUGGGCCUGCUCAAAUGAAUCCAGCAGUGACCAUUGCUAUGUUAUGUACCCGCAGAGUGCACGUGAUCACUUCUUUCAUCCAUAUACUUGCCCAAUGUGUUGGUGGACUGGCUGGGGCGGGGAUACUUUACGGUGUGACUCCAGCUCGAAAGCAUGGCCACUUAGGUGUGACGUUUGUUCAUAAUGAUAUUGGUCGUGGUCAAGCGUUUGGAAUAGAAUUCAUAACGACAUUUAUCAUGACAUUUGCCUAUUAUUCAGGACAUGAUAAUCCGGGAAUAUUUGGAGGAUUUCAGGCUGCUCCUGUUGGUCUUUCAAUCAUAAUGGGACACACAUUAGGGUGGCAGUUCACUGGUGCCAGUAUGAAUCCUGCAAGAUCUCUCGGUCCAGCUAUUGUGUGUAAUGAAUGGUCGGAUCAUUGGGUGUAUUGGAUCGGUCCGGUAUUGGGUGCUAUACUUGGUGGUAUUACCUAUGAAUAUACAACAGGGGGUGGCCCAGAAAUCAAACAUCUAAGACGAACCAGCUCUUUGGGAAUGAUGAACACUGAGACAAGAGGUAGCAAAGAGAGUGUUGAUUUACCAACGGAAUUAACGUUUACAGUUCCUGCAACUCCUGAUCCACAAGCUUAA